AAAAAUCGCAGCCUUACAGCUAUACACACAGAGAUCAACAAACAUAUGUAUAUAUAGAAAUGAUGAUCUUUCUCUUCUUCUCUCAACAAAGUAACAAUCACUUGUACUAGAUUUCUCUCUUUCUUUCCCUUUAUUACAAGGGUUUAAAGAUUGAAGCUUUGUUUGAUUAGAGUUGAUUUAUGAUGAGUGGGGAAAAUUCUUGUGAUGAAGUUUCCAAGAAAAGGAGUGCUUUAGGAGAUGUUACGAAUCUUGUUGGGAAAAGAGGAUUAUCGGAGAUUUCGGGUGGUGAUUUUGAGGACAGGAAAAAGGGUAAGUCUGUGAAGCAAGUAUGUUUAGAAGUGGAGAAUGUAGGAAAAAAGGAAUCUUUGGCUGAAGGGGGUGUCAAUAAAGAUAGGGGCAAGGAGGUAUUGGAUUGCUUGGGCGUUUGUCCCGGGGCUGAUGAGCCGAAUAGCAAAUUCAUUUCUGAGGUGCCAAAGUUAUUGAAGAAUGACUUUCUACAUGGCGGGGUUGAAGAUAUUAAUCGAAAUGUGGCUGAUGUUUCAAGAGAGAGUUGUGUAUCUGGCAUUCCAAAGCCUACAAGCCCGGCUGUUCUGGAUAGUGUUGAUGUGGGAGGGGAUCCGGCGAAGGAUGAGGGAGUCGGUUCUCAAGGCGAACAAAGCACUACUGUCUUUGAACAAUUUGAUACUGAUGUUGAUGAAAAUGAGCUUGGUGAUGAGAAUUUAGACUCGGGCAAAAGUGAGUCAGUUGAUUAUCUCAGAUUUCCAGAAUCACAAGAAUCCAGAUCAUGUGGUCUGGAAAGAUGUGUUGGGUUUAAAGGUGAUGGAUUAUCUGAUUCUCCUGUGGGUAUUGACUUGAUCAAGGCUUGCACUUGUUCUUUUUGCACAAAAGCUGCUUAUAUUUGGUCAGACCUUCACUACCAGGAUAUCAAGGGCCGUUUAGCAGCAUUAAAGAAGAGUCAGAAAGAAGCGAACAUCUUGGCUGAAAGGAGUACCAAGAUCAGGGCAGCUAACAUUCAUGGUCAAGAAACACCUGAUGUCUCAGAGCUCCAGUCAAGUCUUAGGGGUCAGUGGAGGUCGCUCUUCGCUCAUAUGGAGGAAAUUUUUGGUCAAGAAAGCAGCCAGCUUGUAAGUUCAACUCUAGAGCUUGCACUGAUCACCCUGCCUGCUUUUGCACAAAUUAUUAAAUGGAAUCCAACUUAUACACACUAAAGGAUCUGAGAGAUAAUUGCAAGACUGAAUUGGAGUCGAUUAAUGGGAUGCCUUUUAGUAAAGAGUAGUAUGCUUCCAGAGAUAUGAUCCAUGUUGUGUUUGUAAUGUUGGUGCGCUUUUGCCCCAUUUCUUUCUUGUUCUCCUAUGUUCUGUUUUACUGGUUUCAUCUGAAUCUACCUAAUCUGUAGUUGUAUAAUAAUAAAAUUGUAUGCUAUAUUAGCUCUUUAAACGAUUGUUUGCACCAAUAUUUGCCCUUA